AUGAAGACCGCCGUACCCAAAUUGCCUGACGGCCAUGGCUGUGUCUAUAAGGAGGUGCGCUUUUCACCAACGGCAACCCCUGCUCGUCGUGCGCAAUCGGUUUCUACAAGCACCCCUUCUAUGAACUCCAAAUAUCGACAACCGCGGAUCUCUCAGGUCCCCAAGGCACUGGACCUUGGCUUAGACACAUCAUAUAUCGAACAAUCACGAGAACUGCUUGAGAAUCAACGGGCGCAUCUUGAAAGUGAGCGGGCACUAUUCGCCCAGGAACGACAAUUAUGGGCGAAAGAGCGGGCGCUUUUACGGACCAAGAUUGCAGAGUUAGAGUCAUUGUUGAAAUCUCAACGGAGCCAGUCUAUCAUAUCAACCUCCCAUCCUUCCAGGCCUUCAUUUGGGACACCGCAGUACCUGGACUCCAAUGAUCAUCUCUCCUCGGCACAGGUGUGGGAAGGGUCAAGUCCAGGAAGUCGACCCACGAGGGUAUUCCGCGACGAGGAGAUCCCAGAUAAUGCUCACCUGUCGCCGAUCAGCGAAGGCAGCGGCAGUAACCCUCCGUCCCUUGAUGCGGCACUUUCACCACGGGCACGGGCUGUAGACGCCUCUGGCGCGAUCGUCAGCAUCCCCGUGCCCAUCGAGAAGCUUGACAGCAGACUGGAUGGGAUCACCCUCAAGUCCACUGCUUUGCCACCUGGGGUCGUUGCUCGAGUGAUCACCCCACCCUCACCGUCGCCCCUAGAAACCUCCUCCCCGGCUCCAGCCUCCGCCCCCUCGGAGCCUGCAAGGCCGGGGAUGGAACACCGAAACAGUCUCAAGUUGAAGCUGUCAGAACUCGGCCUACCCAAUGAGAAUCUUGUCAGGGAUGCUGGCCACACCCCAAUGGCGAUCAUCGAGUUGGAUGUCAGCCAGCUGACCACCCAGAAUGCUUCUCCUGUCGAGAUACUCCCGUCCGAGGAGGAGGAAGCCCCCUUGGCGCCUAUGGUCACCCACGCCAAUCAACCGUCCGAACACGCGGAGUCCUAUUUUCCCGACGUGCCUGACGAUCCUGCCCUCAAGGGGCCCCUUGGUCUGACUAAUGAUGAAGAACACGACAGCAGCUUCCUGAACGAACUUGAUUCGCGGCUCCUGGAUCAGGCCAAGCGCAUCCUGUCUACUUCGACGAUAUCCGAUGGACCCGACGAGGAUGACGACGACGCUGAAGCGCCUAACAAAGGUGAACCGGAACCGGAAAUCAGAUUUAAGAAGUCUACCAACUUUGGCACGGCAUUUGGAAUAUCGAAAUUUGGGAAAAUCUGA